AUAAAAGAGUCAACAUCUGGGGCAGGAAGCCUCCGACACUCGGCUUCAGUCCGUCCAUUAGCCUACUGCAGGCGGUGUUUGCGUUGAUUUGCAGCGCGGAGCCCGGAUGUUUCUGUACUCUUUAAAAGUGGCAUGAGAAGUUGGAGCCUUUUUUUAUGGCUAACGGUAACGGCACAAAAAGAGGACUUGGCUUUCAAAAGUCAAACUUUUCCAUACCUGAAACUCAACGUCGGCUCAGGUAGCACACCUGGAUCUAUCGUGACGCUUCAGAGGAUUGACUUGAUUAAAUAUUCCAGUUCUUGUAUACAAUGCUUUAAAGCGCACACGGGACAGGAUCUGCCUGUCUGCCUUCCGUUUGUAUUGUUCCUAAUUCUCUGUUGAUCCUCUGGGCUGAGCUGUGUCAUUAAUCAUGGUUGCUGGAGGAAGUGCUGAUCUGGCCCCAACAGCCGCUGUCAAGAUCUUUUCAGCCGGAGCAGCUGGCUGUGUGGCCGAGCUGGUCACUUUCCCUCUGGACACAGCCAAAGUCCGACUGCAGAUUCAAGGUGAAUCCAAGUCCUCAUUGAAAGGCCAGAGGAUGAAAUACAGAGGUGUGUUUGGCACCAUCAUCACCAUGGUGAAGACGGAGGGCCCGAGAAGUCUGUACAACGGACUGGUGGCAGGGCUGCACAGACAGAUGGGCUUUGCCUCAGUCCGCAUUGGCCUGUACGACACCAUGAAGCAGUUCUACACCAGAGGGUCAGAAAAUGCAGGAAUCGGGACUCGGCUGCUGGCGGGCUGCAGCACCGGAGCGAUGGCGGUGGCCUUUGCUCAGCCCACUGAUGUGGUGAAAAUCCGGCUCCAGGCUCAGGUCCACCAGCCCAAGAGCAACUCUGUGAAGAGAUACAGCAGCACUUUUGAUGCCUACAAGACCAUCGCCAGACAGGAGGGCAUUAGAGGGCUCUGGAAGGGUUGUCUGCCAAAUAUAACUCGUAAUGCCAUCGUAAACUGCUCCGAGCUGGUGACAUAUGACAUCAUUAAGGAGCUCAUACUCAAGUAUGACCUGAUGACAGACAAUAUGCCGUGUCACUUCACAGCAGGCUUCGCGGCAGGUUUCUGCACCACCGUCGUAGCAUCUCCGGUGGAUGUUGUGAAAACACGCUACAUGAAUUCAGCACCUGGGACGUACAGCAGUGCUAUUAACUGUGCAUUAACCAUGCUGACGAAAGAGGGACCCACAGCUUUCUAUAAGGGAUUUGUGCCCUCCUUUCUUCGCCUGGGUUCCUGGAACAUUGUGAUGUUUAUGAGCUACGAGCAAAUUAAGAGAGCUGUCACGAGAUUUCAACAGUCCCGGGACUCUUCGCUCUGACCUGUCUGGCAGCUGGUUUGUCACUGGAUUGGUGUUAUUGUUGUAGCAAAGCUAGGACAGUCUGCACCACACGGCACACACUUAGAAGAGACAGUGCGGUUAGACUGCUGCUGGUCUCGACCUGUUUUGCCUCAGGGAUUAAAUUGCACAUUUAAUUAUGGAAGCCUAUCUCAAAGGAAAAACUCCAGGAAUGAUUAAUAUUGAAAUGUUACUGACUUGUACACAUCUUUUCUAGCAAUUUUUCUAAUAAUGUUUUCAAUUGGCCUUUUUCACAGAAAAGAAUGAAUGAUAAUAAAUAAUGUUUUGGCUUGUCCUAGUAUUGUGCUGACUCACUGUUAAGGCUACGGAGACACUUACCUGAGUCAUUGGUAAAGUUGUGACUAACACUUGCUUUCCUACAAUCACAAAUCAAAAUGUCUGCUGUAAAAAACUCCCAUUCACAGAGUGAGGUCUGGUGUGGAUGGGGAUGCAGGGUUUACCCGGGUCAGAUUUACAGUACAUUUAUUGAGCACAGUCAUUUAUUGGUUCAUUGGUCUUGGUUGGGUGUUGCAUUUAAUAUCUUGUUCCUGGUAAAACAUUUAUGUUUUUAUGAUGUGAAAAAAUUGGAGUUGAUGGAUGUACCUGUCGAAGUGGGAGUUCUCUGUUUUCCAGAGUCUCUUAAUAUUUAAAAUGUCAGAAAAAUACUCAUCCCAAUUUCAUUGGUCUGACUAAACACUCCCAAGACCAAAAUUAGUUCAGAUUCACUGUCACAUAAAACAAGAAAAAACAGCAAAUCCUCCCAAUGGAGAACCUGGAACUUGGAGCAUUUGAUUUGACUGAUAGUUGUUUUUCUGUCAGUUGACUAAUUCAUUUAUCAACUUACCAUGUUUGCUCUAUCAGGAAUGAGCCACAGUUCUGAAGGCUAUACUGCCAAAGUAAAUUUCAGGAAUUUACCACUUAAAACCUAAAAAUCCAAUCCAAUGUAUCCUUGUAUCUAUGAAGGGUACACACUAUAUAGAAAUAGAAAAGUCUAAAUGUAAUACUGUAGGCAUCAGUGAAGCAUACAAUUAAAACAGACACUGUAACCACACCAACAAGACAUAAUCCACAUGUGAAAUACAGUAUGAAUGGAAUAAACCAGGAAUGGGUUUUUAAAAUAAAUAAAUAGAUAAAUAACCCACGUUUCGUACAUGACAAACCCCACCAACUGUCACUCCAUACCUGCUCUACUACUGGAGGCUGUUAUAGAUACUCCACUGUAUAAUCCCUUUUAUAUGUGACCAUUCAAGGGAACAAUGUGAUGAUAAAACACCCCCUAACUGAGAUACGGCUCAAUGCUGACACUUUUCAGACAUGACUCAGGCUUUUUUUUCUCCUAAUAGCCAAGUUUACAUUAAGAAUAGGCUUUUAAUAUGUUAUAUCCUAAUUCAAUAUCAUUUUGGCAAUUAAGUGAUUAUCAUUUGAUGUCUAAAGCUGUAUAUAUGAGCUCCACAUGUUUCUUUGCAGAAAUAACUGGCUUCUCCAUCAAACAAUGCAGAGAUACGGAGGGGAAAGAGGAGAUAAAAGAAUCAGCUGACAGACACGAAAAUUGCCCAAUUUGAGUCUUGAGGGACAAAAGAGGCUGCUGACAAAGAUGUAACUGAAGUCUGCGGUGUAACAAAAGCCUCUAAACAUGCUCCACCUUGGUAAUCAGCUCCUGUAGUGUCAGUGAGGUUUCUCCAUGGUUCAAUUAGUAUGGCAAGCUGUUCUGGGCCAUAUGGCACUCUGGCUAACCCGCACGCGUGUUUAGGCCACCUAAUUGAGUUGGGACACACAAAGAUUUUGAACAAGUGAUGAGUUUGACAAGAUUACCUUUGGCCUUUCAUUAAAAGACAUACAGGUAAAUGUUAAGGGGGGAACUGUGAGUAAAUCAAGUGGCAGGAGUCUCGGCACACAGACGAUCAGAGAUAUCGAGUGUGGGUGAGAAGUUCAAGUUCACUGUACCAACUGUGACCAACUUUUUUUCUGACUCGAGGAAACAGAUAUGUUUUUACCAGAUAUGAUAAUAUCUUCCUAUUGUGCAAUCAGAUGUUUACAAUGGGUGUUGCUUGUCAUCUGGCUGAACCAGUUUUCUCACAUUCAGAUGAUGAUGAUGCACUUCACCAAUGUCAAGUUCAAAAAAGCAACCUAAAAAGUAACCUAAAAUUAGAAGCAGUCUGUUUAUGAUAAUUUAAUUAAUAUUAAUAAUCGUAAUUGUGCUUAAGGAUCUCUGUUUUAUUGGCCCAAUAUAAGGGGGCAACUAUAAAAAAAAAAAGUCUGACCUUUUUUGAGCAUUAUGUCAAUAUUUGUCAGUAGAAUAUAGUGUUUGAAGAAUGAUGAUUGGACAGUUGGAUUUAUGAAACCACGUGAGUUUUUUUGUAUUGUCUUCCUCACUCAAAGAGACUCUUGCUUGAAAUGUCCAAGUCAAAAGUUUGAGACUGUAUUGCCAGAUUUGCAAAAAAAAAAAGGUUGACAUGUACUUCCUCUAUACGUAAUAAACCAUCCAUUGUCUGUG